UUCUCAAGCAUUAAGGGUAAGUAGAUAGGGAUGUCAGCUUGUGGAUUUCUCAAGGUCACCUCAAGUGUUAAAAGGGUAAGUAGUUUGGGAUGUCAACUUGUGGAUUUCUCAAGGUCAUCUCAAGCAUUAAGGGUAAAGAAAUUGGGAUGUUAGCUUAUGGAUUUCUCAAGGUCACCUCAAGCAUUAAGGGUAAAGGGAUUGGGAUGUCAGCUUGUGGAUUUCUCAAGGUCACCUCAAGCAUUAAGGGUAAGUAGAUUGGGAUGGCAGCUUGUGGAUUUCUCAAGGUCACCUCAAGUGUUAAGGAUAAAUAGUUUGGGAUGUCAACUUGUGGAUUUCUCAAGGCUUUCUCAAGCAUUAAGAGUAAGUAGAUUGGGAUGUCAGCUUGUAGAUUUCUCAAGGUUACCUCAAGUGUUAAGGGUAAGUAGUUUGGGAUGUCAUGAUCAACUUGUGGAUUUCUUAAAGUCAUCUCAAGCAUUAAGGGUUAAAAGAUUGGGAUGUAAGCUUGUGGAUUUCUCAAGGUCACCUCAAGCAUUAAGGGUAAAGAGAUUGGGAUGUCAGCUGGUGGAUUUCUCAAGGUCACCUCAAGCAUUAAGGGUUAAGAGAUUGGGAUGUCAGCUGGUGGAUUUCUCAAGGUCACCUCAAGCAUUAAGGAUGCUUAAUGUUUGCUGGUGGUUUUAUUUUUCAAAGUUCAUUGAACUCCUUGAUACAAUAUUUUUUAUAAUGAGGAAGAAAUUCAACCAAGUAUCGUUCCUCCAUGUCUUUCAUCAUGCUAUAAUGCCUUUUUCAUGGUGGUUUGGAGUCAAAUUUGUGGCAGGUGGAUUUGGUACAUUUCAUAGUAUGUUGAAUUCCUUUAUACAUCUAGUUAUGUAUACAUACUAUGGUUUAGCAGCACUUGGUCCACAGUAUCAAAAAUAUCUAUGGUGGAAAAAAUAUAUGACAAGUAUGCAAAUUAUACAGUUUAUAUUGGUGACUAUACAUUCAGUACAACUACUAUUCAUUGACUGUAAUUAUCCUAAGUUUUUUGUUUACUUGAUUGGACUGUAUGCUGUUAUGUUUAUGAUCAUGUUUGCCAACUUCUAUGUAAACACUUACAAGAAAUCCAAACCAAAGUCAAAUGGAACAGUCACUAACGGAAUAGUCACUAAUGGAAAUGUUGCCAAUGGAAUUAAACAUAAACAGUCUUAACUAAAGAACAUCACCAUAAUUUAUGUACCUUUUUUAUGUUGUUUAUACUUUUUUAUUUAUCAGUAUGCAAGUGUAUGUUUUGUUGCCAGUAAUACUUUUUUGUUUAGCCAGCAUUAUUUUGUCAUGAAGAUGAUGCUUUUUGAUGGAGUUAACAUUGAGGUAGUCUGAUUUAAGUUUUUUUUUUUUUAUCAUAAAUUACUUUUUCAAACAGCCUUGGUAUUAAAUGAAACUUUGACAAGCUUUUUAUUAUCAAAAGACAGCUCAAUUUUUUCUUCAUUUUUCUGUGUUUAACUGUUUUCACAGUUAAUAUAGAUAAAGUCUAUAAAGUUUUUCUAACAUCAAUAACUUUGUCAAACAUUCUUAGAAUAUAAACAAAAGAUAGUAUAUAGAAUAAAAUUUUGAAAAAAAUAUGUCUUUCAUUUUCUAUGUUUUUCUGAUAAAUGAGUUUUCACAUAUCUUUUUUUAAACAUGCGAUAACUUUUUCAAAUCUUAUAUAUUUUUUUGAAACUGUGGCAAAAGCUUUUUAAUCAUAUAAAGCUAAUGUCUGAAAUUCUGAAUCCAAAUGUUUUAAUUUUUAAUUAUUAUUUUUACAUGUAUUGUGAUGGUAAGACGGCAAUUUUUUUAUUUGUUUUGCAGUUAAGUUAUCUAUUGAAGACAGCAUUCAUGAUUAUAUUUUAUAGACAAAGCUAACUUUUCAGAACCUUCAUGAAAUGUUUUAAAACGUAGAAAGUUUCUCUUUAAGAAAAAGAAAUAAAAAAAUUUCUGUUUUUUUACUGAAAAAUGGAUUUUGUUUUUGUAAAUCAAUGUAUCACACAUUAGAAGGUGACAGUGUUUAGCAGACUCCUCACUAGUUUUUUUUAUACCAUUUAUCACAUCUUUCUUAAUAUAUAAUAUAACACAAUUGAUUUGCUAUAACAUAUAUUUUAAGCUUAAGUGAUAUUGUUUAAGUUCUGCAUAAUUAUGUGUCAAUUUCUCAGAAACUCGAUUUGUUAUAUUGAUGACAUUAUACUACUAUAUCUCUAAUAUAGAUUAAUAGUAUUUGUAUUUAUGUUGUCACUGUGUAAUAACUUGAGAACCUUUGGUUAAACUGAAGUAUAAGGUUACUUAGUUCCGUCAUUGCAGAGAGACAUUUUCAUUUUAGUAAAUCAUUUUUUAUACUCAUUGUUGAGAUAAGCUAUCAAAUUUAAUUAAAAUUCUGACCAAGUUGGCUAGUUAGAAUUUAAAGUAGUCAGCAAGUUGUUAUGGUGUCAAUUGAAAUACUAAUAAAAUAUGUGAAAAGCUCUUUUCAAUCUAUUAUUACCUUCAUGUUCAACUACCUACCAAGUGAUUAAAAACA